AUGUUUCUCCAUCACGCUCUUAUAAAUCUUUACCUGCUUUCCACCUCGGCCAUAGCAACAAACCCUACAGAUGGCGCUUGUCGAAGCGCAGAUGCAUCUUUCAGGCCAGCGGGGCUCGCUGUUGGCGAUAAAUACCUACUCAAGACCUCCAAGGCCAAAACCUUCACACUGAACCCCAAAUCUCCCAUAGCCACGAUUGACUGUGGGACUGAGCGAGCCGGAAUUCCCUUCUUUGAAGUUUCCGAGCUAGAGACCCCCGUUCAGGUUGAGGUCAAGUACAGCGAGGCCUUUCUCAACCUCCAACAUCCCUGGUCAGAUGGGCCCUACCUCUUCAACACGGCUCAGGGCAACAGCUUUCGGGGUGCUGUGACGAUAGGCCAUGUCGGCUUAGAGCCGUCCAUCAGCCCCGUCGAGACAGAGGAUCUUCCGGGUUCAUUCUACUGCAGUGAUGAGCUACUCAACAACGUCUGGAAGCUUGGCACAACCGAUGGGGCAGGUGGCCUCCAGAUUCAGCUAACUGGCGACCUGCCUUCCAAAUCGUCGUUUCUCAACACCAACAGGACUCUUACACCUCCCAACAUAAUCAUGUUGGCAAGCGGGUUCGGGUUUGUGAAUCACACAACUCUCACCUCCUACGUCCUUGACACUGUUCAACUUCCUUUCACGGUUAAGGAGAAGACCUGGCACCGGAUCAAGACAGAAAUCGAUCCGAAAGGCUUCCUCACAGUUUCCGUGAACGGUCGGUCCGCUUUCAAAGUCGCUCUGAAAAGCUACUCCCUAGGGGGCAAAGCCAUCUCCCCAGCCGGAUCUCUUGGCUUUGGUGCCUGGCAAGACCAAGCGGCAUUCUACCGGAAUGUUGUGGCAUACGAUACUGCGAGUCGCUCCGAGAUCUACAGAAACCCCCUGACCAGUCAAGACAUCCUGGCUGAGUACGGAACGCAGGCAAACCUUGCCAGUGUUUGUCUUGAUGGCCCAAAGAGAGAUCGUCUCGUUUGGUUAGGGGAUUUCUACCACACCUCACGCAUCAUCGGAGCCAGCACGGGACGUUUCGACCAUACCCGGGGAACUCUGGACUUUAUUCUCAAGACGCAGCUCAAGAAUAGACAGCUGUCUCUCGGACCAAGCAUGGGCUAUGAUCCGUCCAUCACACAUCCGUUUGCUCCAUAUGGAGUAUACGGCCUUGAUGAUUACCGGACUCUGGGAUUCCUUUCCUUCUACCACUAUAUGCGACGGACGAAUGACGUCGAGUUCGCCUAG